GUUUUGACCGUGGACUGGCGGAGCAGCAAAAGCAAAUAAUUCGAGUAGGGGAAUAAUAUUAAUUCGAAAUUGAUGCUUUUGCACCGAAGGAAGGCGCAAUUCGAUAGAGAAAUUAUUAAUAUUGGCCAGAUCUGCUGAAUGGACGUCGGCGUCAAUGCUUGAUCGAGGAUGUCCCGGCUUCUGCAGGACGAGGUGUGCCUCAGGGUGCAGGUCUAGUGCGGGCAGCAUUCGCAGACUCGGCCUUGGAUUUAUUUAAAUUUCGCAACACAUCGGACCAUUCGGUGUAUGUACCUCAGCAAUCUCGCCCAGCCAGUUUUCUUCAAGUGACAAUAAUGAACUUCCUUGAACGCAAUUAUUAUUUUUCAAGGGACGUCCUUGCUACACACAAGUGUGCCUUUUCCGCGAAGCAGUGAAUGAUGAGAACUGGCCGUCAUCUGCAAUCAGCAGGCAGCGGUGAAUGGAAUAGAGGCAGAACAUUGACAAGGAGCCACCGACCCCAUUCAAGCUGGAGCAGUUGACACAGAGGGGUCGCAGCAUGAUCGAGAACAUCUCGAGGAGGGCCUUCGGUGGCUCCAGUGGCACCUACCAUGUACGGGCCUCGGAGCGCGAGAGGGACAGAAACCUCAAGUUCCUCACCGCCAAGGUUACUUUCUUGGACGACACGUUGGAAUCCUUCCAGCUUGAUAAAAAAGCGAAGGGGCAGGAGUUGCUGGACAAAGUUUUUCAGCAUUUGGAGCUCGUGGAGAAAGACUAUUUUGGUUUGCAGUUUUCAGACAAUGGCAACCCUCCUUCGUCUUCCAAUGGGGACUCCAUGAGAUGGCUCGAUCCAAUAAAACCAGUGAAAAAGCAGCUGAGACACAAUCACCUCUACUUUCGAGUAAAGUUCUAUGUGACUGACCCUAGCAAGUUGCACGAGGAGUACACCAGGUACCACUUCUUCAUGCAGCUGCGCAGGGACAUUCUGGACGCAAAACUGGUCGUUCCUGCCAGCAUCGCGUGUCUUCUGGCCAGCUACAUCGCUCAAUCCGAGAUAGGAGAUUACAACUCAACCGACCACUUGCCCGGGUAUCUCAGCCCGCUGUCAUUGAUUCCAGGCCAGAACGAAGAAAUGGAGAAGAAAAUCGCUGAAUUGCACAAACUGCACACGGGUCAAACACCGGCAGAUGCGGAAUUUAAUUUUUUGGAUCAGGUUAAGAGACUGGAUAUGUAUGGAGUUGAUCUUCACAAAGCAAUGGAUGACGCUGGAAAGGAAAUUCAGCUGGGAGUCACAUCUCUGGGGUUGGUUGUUUUCCACAAUGGCAUUAGGAUAAAUCUGUUCUCGUGGUCCAAAAUAAUCAAGAUCUCCUUCAAGCGCAAGCAGUUCUUCAUCAGUCUUCGUCGAGAGCCAUGUGAGGAAUACGACACAAUCCUAGGUUUCAACAUGCUGAGCUACAGGUCUUCCAAGAACCUUUGGAAGUCUUGUGUGGAGCACCACACCUUCUUCCGCCUCCACACACCUAGGGCCAGGACCAGACGAUUUGUCUUCACUUUGGGAUCCAAAUUCCGAUAUUCUGGUAGAACUGAAUACCAGACGGUGGAGGAGUGCAAGAGACGUGCUAGAUUGGAGCGAACAUUUAUACGGUCUCCAAGCAAGAAAAUGGCUCGCCACACUGUUCCUAUUUGUGAGGAGAAACAGAAAUCGGUGCUGUCCUCCGCACGAACUCCUCGCGUUUACGAUAAUAAAGUGCAGUCCCUCGGGCGAGAACCCAAGAAGGCGUGGGAGGACACCGCUCAGUCAGACGACGAGGGAGGAUUUCUGGAGACGCUGAAGCUGCCCCGCACGAUCGACUAUAUCGACGUUCCAGAUUCGGAACGACCGGCUUUUGAUAUUCCUCCAUAUAUUGAAGCCCACGAGGACUCGCUUGUGAAAAUCCGCAUCAGCCCCGACACCGAUGGCAGAUUUGGAUUCAACGUCAAGGGUGGCUCUGACCUGGGCUUGCCCAUUUUGGUGUCGAGAGUGGCACCAAACACGCCGGCAGACCGAUGCUAUCCAAGGCUGAAUGAAGGAGAUCAGGUUUUGCUGAUUAAUGGAAGGGAGACGACUGGUCUGACUCAUGACCAAGUUGUGAAUCUGAUACGAACAUCAGGCGACUCUCAGAGUUGCGAACUAGUCCUCACAGUGCGGCCUAAUGUUUAUGAAACAAGAGAUGCAGAGGAGCCUGCAUUCCAGUAUGUCCCCGACGUUCCACACGUUCCUUCAGCAGUUCCCAAUGCAGACGCCCUUGCCGAAUCUAUUCUGCUGCUGGCUGAAACGCUUGAGAGUGGAUCGGCCAUGCAGCAAUUUGAGCAGCUUUAUAGAAAGAAGCCUGGACUUGAGGCAGAAGAGUCAAAAAAGGCGGAUAAUGUUAACAAGAACCGAUACAGGGAUAUAUCUCCAUAUGACGCUACACGUGUGAUUCUCACUGACUGCGAAAGCGGCGACUACAUCAACGCAAACGUCGUCAACAUGGAGAUUCCAGGCUCGUGCAUAAUAAAUCGUUACAUAGCGACACAGGGUCCCUUGCCGACCACUGUUGGUGAUUUCUGGCAUAUGGUGUUUGAAUCUCAAUGCACGCUGGUGGUAAUGCUGACCACCGUGGUGGAGCGCGGCAGGGUCAAGUGCCACAAGUACUGGCCUUCGUCUGGAGAGGCGCCGCUUGAACUUAAUUCGCUGCAGGUCACGUGCAUUCAGGAGAAUGAAGACGAAAGCUUUGCUUUCAGAGAGUUCACUCUUAAAAAUUCUAAGACUGGAGAGGAGAGACAGAUUUCUCACAUGCAGUACCUUGCCUGGCCUGAUCAUGGUGUGCCGGACGAUUGCACCGAGUUCAUCAACUUCUGUAAAAAAGUGAGGCAAGCUCGCGUGGGCUCGUCUGAACCAGUUGUGGUGCACUGCUCUGCUGGCAUCGGACGAACAGGCGUGCUUGUACUUAUGGAGACGGCCAUGUGUCUCAUCGAAGCCAACGAGCCUGUGUACCCGCUCGAUAUCGUCCGCACGAUGAGAGACCAGCGCGCCAUGAUGAUCCAGACACCUGGUCAAUAUCGAUUUGUCUGCGAAAGUGUGCACCGAGCAUACCAAGAAGAAACAGUGAAACCGUUGCCCGAAUACAAGAGGUAAUAAUGUUGCUUGUCCGUCGUUCAAAAUUUUUGAGGCCUUAUUUUCACUACGCCAACCAAAAGAGGCAUCUAAAAACAGUCGAAAAUAACAAUUAAUAUGUUUAGACACAAGGAAAAACAAUGAAUGGAGGACAACUAUUUUGUUCUAAGCAUUUUUUACACCGUUAGUAUCCUACUGUAGAUAUGUGUGUGCCUCUAUUUUGAACCUAAGGAGUCAAAUAUAACACAUCAAAAUAGAUGAGUGAUAAUAACAAUCACACUGAAUAAUUAUCUCAAAACCGGAAUGUUGGUUGGUACGUUAUUAAUAAUCAUACGGAUGCUCGCUUCGUAAUAAUUUUGCAUUAAGCCGAUCGAGGCCAUUUCCAAGUAGUAUCCAUUCAAUCCGACUCACAAAUUUCUCUUGCUUAUCGUAGGAGAAUGUUUUUGUGGACUGCAGGUUGCUUCCUUAUAAAUAAUAUGAGAGAAUGCAGUGUAAAUUGACUAUAGUUUGUAACAACUAAUGUAUUUAUUCGUGAAUCAAUGUUUGUUGAUUAUCAGUAGCAACUCGUGAAAUAAUUUUUAAGGCAGCUGCUUUUCUUCAGUUUUUAUCGUAUCAAACAAGUACAAAAACUUGCCUUUUUGGAUGGAUAAACCAAAAGGAAUCAUUUUGAAUUCUGGGCCCUCACUCAACAACGAUGCAUAUCACCAUGACCCUGUUUGGAGAUAGACCUUCCAAAUGAUUCGAGAUCUCGUCAUAUAAAAACACUUGUAUCCGAAACUCCCAUUGAAAUGUGUUCUUCGCCCAGCAAUGAGAAAUGACCCAGCAACCGAUUUAGGUGUCGUCUAAAAAAUCUCUUGUACAACGUUUAACCCCUUUGCGUCCUGGUAGCUUGUGAUUGGCGCAGCAACCAAUUGAAAUUCGUCCCUGAACAAAACCGUCUUGAAACAUGUAAGUUUAGACUUGAGCCAACGUCGACCGUCCUCGAACAUUGACAACUUGUAAAUUAAAAACCAAGCGCAUUUGCAUUUCCCCCCGUUUUCCUAUUAAUUUAAAAUCAAUAUAUUGCUCCCUGUACCUGCUACUCAUUUUUAUCCUAGUGGUGUAAAAAUAAAUUAUUUCUUAAAUCCGUCUCUCUUUUCCGACAUGAAAAAUGUGGACUGUAAAUCGGAACAAACUGUCGCAGCUAUUGUAAUAUUUGUAGUUUUCUAAAUCCAUUAGUCCUCAUUGUAUAUUGGUAACGAUAAACUUCAUUCGCAACAUUUUAUCAGUUGAUGAGUUAAGAUUAUUGUAAUUUAAACCUUUCGAGUCAAAAGAAGAAAUGAACUGUGACCGUCAAUGGCAGUAUUUCAGUUUCUCAUCUUUGUGGAGUUUAAACAAAACAGUCAAAACGAAGUUAACUUUUAAUUGUAAUUUGUAAUACUUUUUGCAGCCCACGGCUCGCUUAUUUUAUUCGUUUGUACUACUAACCAUGAUAGUUGUUGCUAUGGUUUUAAUGAUAACUAUACACAAAAUACUAUUAUGUUUAUAUUGAGCUGUGAGUACCAUCUUAUUGAUACUGUGUAUUUUGCUCUUGGUUUCUAUUCAUUUCUCCGCAAAUGUGAGCACAUGCCUGACAAAAAAGCAAAAACAUGCGAAAUCCAUUAUUUCACAUCGUGCAUGUACGUAAUGCUAUAUUCUCUUCUGUACAUUGGUAAUUAUUCUAAGGGUAAUACUUCCAAUAAACGGAUCCAAACACAACCAUGGAA